AAAUGACUGAAUUAUCCUCAAGCUUUUUUGAAAAGACACUAAGCAAACACGUCGAAAAACGUUCGUUAAGGCGUGGCUUAUCAAAAAGAGAUGGGAGUACAAAUAGUCGCUGAAGUAUCCACGGGCAAUUCGGUUCAGUUUUUGAUACAGAAAACAAUGAUGCAAACAUCCAAUUCUCCGGCGUCUUCCUUCAGACAUACAAUUAUGCCUUCACUGCCCCAAUUGCUUUCGGGUCGGAUACUCCAUUUUGCAAAGCUCUCUGCAACUUCUUCUUAUGAGUCCCAUUCCACUGAAAAGGUCAAAUUUCCAAAGAAAAUCAGCCGAAAACCAGGCAGUCCUCCAAGGAAAACACAGAAGCUGAAUUUGGAAGUUUCUCCUCAUAGAGCUGUGUCUGCGGUAAGAUUGAUGCGCAUAGAGCUGGGCGGUGCAUUUGCUGAUCUUCUGAAUGAGCAAGGGAAGGGUUCAGGGGAUAAUGAAAUGGGAUAUGUUGAAAGAACUCUUGGAUUUCGCACUCGUCACUUAGAAGACAGAGAUUUAAGACUGGUCACGGAGAUUGUUGGAGGUACCAUUCGCUGGAGAAGAUAUCUUGAUCACUUGAUUCUUUCGUUAUGCCACGAUGAGAGUACAUUCAGAAGCAUGGAACCUCUUCUAUUACAGAUUCUUCGAAUUGGUUUCUAUGAGAUCACCAAGUUAGAUAUGCCACCAUAUGCUGUUGUAGACGAGGUACGUUUAGUUCAUUAUUUUGGUCUACAAUGGCUGUUCUAUUUUGAUUUAGUUAUUCUGAUGAAGCUCAUUUGUCGUCUGUCAAGAAAGAUGGACGUGAAUUUAUAUUCUGGGGAACCUAGGCAGCUGAUGGUAUAACUACUUACCACCUUUGAGCUUGCAUGGAGCCUUGUCGCAAUUUUGGAGGAAGUGAGGGAAAAGAAAAGGAAAAAAAGAUGCUUGGUGAUUGGUGAGGUUGUUCUAGUGGCAAGAGCACUCCACUUUCAAUCAAGAGGUUGGAAGUUUGAGUCGCAA